CUGGUGCCCCCCUUCAAGAAACAAGAUGGAGCCUCGUCAUGGGAUUAUGAAAGCCUUUCCCAAAGUUAAAAGAGCCAAAGUGUUUCAGGGAAAGGAUGCACCCCCAGUAAAGAAGAGACCUGAGGAAUGUGAUGUCACAGGAAGCACUUUUGACGGUGUCACAGUGUUCAUCCUGCCUGCUGGAAUAGGAAAUGCUAGAUGCCAAAUUUUUCAAAGGCAAAUCCAGCAGAAUGGAGGACAGACGGAGAGUUCCCUGUGUCCCGCUGUCACUCAUGUUGUUGUGGAUGACGGCAUGGAGCGUGAGCGGGCGCUACGCCUGCUGAAAGUGGAUUGUAUGCCCUCUAGAGUCCAGCUGGUGAAAUGCAUCUGGUUGAGCUCGUGCAUCAGUGAGAAACAACUGCUGAAUGUGGACAACUACAGCCUUCUGUUACCCAAGAGGGAACCUGAACCACAGCAGGAAAACGUGAAAGAGCAGCUGCCGAACGUCCAGCCAGCUGCAGAAACUAUCACAGAGCCAGAGUCACAUCACAGCAAGCAGGAGGAGACCACAGACCUGGCAGUCCCAGACACUAAAGAAGAAGUGCGAGCAGAUGAAGACGGGGUCUCUCAGAGGGACCUGGAGGCUCUCAUCACUGGCCAGCACCCAAAAGAAGAAGCUCCUGGUCCAAGCCUGGACCCCGGUCCGGACUCUGCUGCUCAGAAGGCGGUCUCAGGGAAGUGGGUCUGUGCUCAGUCCUCUCAGUCCAAAACUAAUAACUUCAACAAACACAUCACGGACAAACUAGAAGUGCUGGCCAAGGCCUACACACACCAGGGGGACAAGUGGAGGGCGCUGGGCUACUCCAAGGCUGUCAACGCCCUGAAGAGUUACCACAAGCCCAUUACAUCAUAUCAGGAGGCUUGUCAGAUCCCUGGAAUAGGAAAACGCAUGGCUGACAAAAUUGAUGAGAUCAUGGAGAGUGGUCACCUGCGGAAGUUAGAUCACAUCGGGGAGGCGGUGCCAGUCCUGGAGCUCUUCACUAACAUCUGGGGCGCAGGAAGUAAAACUGCACAGCUGUGGUAUCAACAAGGAUUUCGCACAUUGGAGGACAUCCGCACAAAAGCCCACCUGAGCAACACUCAGAAAAUAGGACUCAAACACUACGAUGACUUCCUGGACCGGAUGCCCAGAGAAGAAGCAGCAGCCAUAGAGAAAGUGGUGAGGGGUGCUGCCCAGGCCGUAGAGCCGGGCCUGGUGGCCAUGGCGUGUGGCUCCUACCGGCGGGGGAAGGCCACAUGUGGCGAUGUUGACAUACUGAUCUCUCAUCCUGACGGCAAGUCCCACAAGGGGGUUUUCAGCAAAGUGUUACAGAGCCUCCAUGACAGUGGGUUUCUGACAGACGACCUGGUGAGCCACGAGGAGAACGGCGAACAGAAGAAGUAUAUGGGUGUGUGCCGUUUGCCGGGGCCGGGCCAACGCCACCGCAGGCUGGACGUCAUCGUGGUUCCCUACAACGAGUUCGCCUGCGCUCUCAUGUAUUUCACCGGGUCGGCGCACUUCAACCGCUCAAUGAGAGCGAUGGCAAAGACCAAACAGAUGAGCCUAUCGGAGCACUCGCUGAACAAAGACGUGGUGCGUCAGGGCAGCGUGAAGGUGUACGGCGGCACUGCGUUUGUUACUCAGACAGAGAAGGAUGUUUUUAGUCUGUUAGGUAUUCCCUACAGAGACCCUCAUGAAAGGGACUGGUGAGGAUUCACUAAAUCACAAUGUCGUGUCUGGUUUUAUCGAAGAAUCAUGGUGACAGUGUAAUCUGCAGUUACGCUUAAAUAAGCAAUUUUAAAGAUGUUUUACUGCUCACAGAUCAUGCAAGAGCCCUGUUUGACUUGAAUGAUUUUAAUGAUUUUAUUCUACAGAUUAAAGGCUUGGGUGCAAUCAAAUCUCUAAAACAACAUACACUACUGGUCAAAAGUUUUAGAACACACCAACUUUUCCAGAAUUUAAUUGAAAAUGAUGCAGUUUAAUGUCUCAGUGUACUCUGAAAUUAAUGCACAUUUGCAACAUUUAAAAUUCUUUAUUGAGCAUGAUAGUGUUUUGAAAGUAAAAAAAAAGAUUCAAAAUCACAUUUUAUGUUGGACUAAAGGACUAAAAAAUGACACAAAAUGAUAAAAAAAAGACACCAAAAGACACAAAAUGACCAAAAAAAGACACAAAAUGACUUACAAAGACAUGAAAAGAAUUCAAAAAUGGACAAAAUAGCCCAAGACUCCAUAGAGUUAAGUUGUUAACCCAUUUCUUGUUCCCUGAAAAAGGCCUACUUGUAUAAUUCUGAAAUGUACAUUAUUUUUCAGUUUU